ACCUAGCAUUGCCCCACGUGUCUCAUGGCUCUUGCACAAAAACAUCACGAGUGGUAGCUGCAGCUGUGGGAGCUACAAAUACAGCACAUGGUAGCGUUUGGUAGCUGCUUGUAGAGACGGACACCAUCGGGCCCAAAAACUCCAAGCUUGAUUAAGUCUCAGUUUCGAAGUUGAAGCUGCGGAACAUUAACUUUUUUCAACAGUGUUUUUUUGAGACCCACAACUGUAAAAUCAUUCGUGUCUAUUCAAGACUGUGACUGAGCGUUACAGUGCGCCUUUGAGGACCUUUAAAAACAGGUUUCCCACUCUGCAGCGGAGACUCAGACGCUAGCAUGUCGACAGGCACAAAAGAAGUUAAAAGCUGCCCCAUCCCCACCAGGGUCCUCACCCUGAAGGACUGGUCCCAACUACCCGACUGUUACAGCCAGACACCCGGGGGCACCCUCUUCUCCACCACGCCUGGAGGUACUCGCAUCAUCUAUGACAGAAAGUUUUUGUUGGAUUGUCGAAACUCCCCUCUUGCCCGAACCCCCCCAUGCUGUCUGCCCCAGAUCCCAGGGGUAACGGUACCUGCCACACACCCCAUGGGGAAACUGCAGGAUCUGAAAGAGGAGGCGGAAGAGGAUGAGAAGGAUCUUGCAGAUGACAACCAGUUUGAGAUGGACAUCUGAGCUCCAGUAUUACCUCCUAUGGAGAGUUAUUAGUUGAAAAAACUCCAGGUCAUUAAUGACUGUAAUGCAUUACAUAUAAAGCUUUUUUUCAUCUUUUUUUAAUAAAAGCUUUUGUGAGGAACCAAAAAGAAUGAAACCAUAGGGUGUUUUUGACCCUAAAAUGUGUGAAGCACAGAAAAGUUAGAAGAUGGUUUGACUGGUUGCUCACUCAUAUUGGAGCUGAGGCAGGAUUUUGAUUUAACUUUUUUAUCUUUUGUAAAUAAGAAAAUUGCACCAUGUAGCCUAUUUUUUAAGUUGGGGAAUAUAAAUGAUUACAUUACAACAUGUAGAGUUUUUCCACUGCAGGAGUCAGUUGUUUUGUUGUUUUCCCCCCAAAAGUGGACGGCUUAUUUUGUUUGUUUCAGGCAAACAAGUUUCUCCUAAUAUUGGGGGACAGGGCCUAAUGAAAAUCAGGAUCUGCUCUGUUUGUGUAUGGAAAGAGAUGAAAUGUGUAUUAUUUCAAAUAAAGGCUAAUCAGACUGUCUGCAAA